AUGUCAUUUUUUCUUCUUCUUCAUCUUCCUGUUCUUUAUCGCCCUUUCAUCAUCAUCAUCAUCAUCAUCAUCAUCUUCUUCUUCUUCUUCUUCUUCUUCUUCUUCUUCUUCCUCCUCCUCUUCUUCUUCAGCUUCUUCUAUUUUCCUCACGGACAACACAGUUUCCUGCCCUCCAAUGCAGAAGAAGGCGAAAUGGAUGCACCACCGAUGGUGGUUCUGACAACUGCUGGACUACUUUUUCGUCCAGAAGUGAGAUGGACAGGAUGUGACGGUGACGAGGACAAUCUGCGACAUCAACGACUGGACCUACCAUCUCCCUAUCAUCUCCUGAAUGAGGCUCCGACUGCAACCUCGUAG